AUGCUGCCCAAUGGUCGUUACGACAAGAAUAUUGCUUUAGAGGUGACGGAUACUGCCCCAUUAGGGGAUUGGAUCUGCCACAUAUUGAAGGAGAGCGAACUUGUACUUUCAAGCGGAAAGGGCUCUAAUAAUGUGUUGACUGAGUUGCAACUGAAUGAAUUUCAGAAUGUGAAACAUCUAAACAUCUUCAAAUUAUCAGAUUGUGAAAAAUUAAGAAACUUGAUGUCUCUAUCAGUUGCCAGAGGUCUUCUGAAUCUAGGGUUACUAGCGAUUUCAGAUUGCCAAUCAAUGGAAGAAGUGAUCAUAAAAGAGGAACAAAUAGGAGAAGGAAUCAUGACCUUAUUUCCCCGGUUGCAAAAGCUGAGCCUACGCAAUCUGCCUAAGCUGGGGCAUUUCUUUCUGACAAACAAUGCUCUUGAGUUUCCAUUUCUCAGAAGUGUGGAUAUUUAUGACUGCCCUGAAAUGAAGAUGUUUAUCCAACAUGAAAUAUCUAUGAGUACACCGAUUCUUGAAAGUGUGAAUUUCCCUUUUAAUUAUGAGGUUAAAGUAGAUGAUCUGAAUAAAUGGACACAACAGAGGUUCAAUUACAAGGAACAAAAUGCUAGCAAUGCAACCUAG